GAUUUAUUACAGGAAGCACCUCGUAUUCCACUCAGGUACUAUGAAUACAGAUGAGGAGGUAAGGGUAUAUAUAGCGAACCCAGUGUUGAUAGAACACUACUGCCCUUGCCAGGACCCAACACAAAAAAAUGUUUUCUCUGAUUUGCGCUGUUGUUCUCAUUGCCUCGGCUUUUGCCGAUGGAUACAAUAAUGGCGGCUAUGGCUACGGCAACCGACACUACGGCUCCGGGUCACAUUACUUAAGGGGUGGUCUCGGUGGACGUCUAGGAGGUUAUGGUGGAUAUGGAUACGGAAAUUCCUACUCUCAAUACGGUCGCCUCGGAGGUCUCGGACAAUUCGGAGGUGCCGGACAAUUCGGAGGUCUCGGUCUCGGACAAUUCGGAAGUCUCGGACAAGGUUUUGGGCUUCAGGGAGGUUUUGGAAGAAGAGGAGGUUUAGGAGGUUACGGAAACCUUGGUAGUUACGGAUACGGUGGAUACGGAAACCUUGGUAGUUACGGUUACGGAGGACGUCAUGGGGGUUACGGAAGGAGUACCUACUAGAUGGAAAAGUUAUUCACCGAGGGAUCUAACUAUAUUGAACCAUGAUUAGUUUGUUGAUUGUUGAAUAAAUGUUGCAUCUUUUUAA